AUGGCUAAUUUUACUACCAGUGGUUUCCUUCUCAUGGGAUUUUCCACCAAGUUGGAACUAGAAGUCUUAUAUGCCUCUUUAUUCUUGGUCUUAUAUGUGUUGGCUUUAACUGGCAACAUCCUCAUCAUCACCAUCACUUCAAUGGAUGACAGUCUCAACUCCCCAAUGUAUUUUUUCCUGAAACAUCUCUCAUUUUUGGAUCUUUGCCUUAUUUCUGUAACAGUACCAAAAUUCAUUUACAAUUCUUUUAUGCAGAGUAGAAAUAUUUCCUUCUGGGAAUGCAUAUUGCAAUGUUCUGCUUUCUCAAUCUGUGGUUCUACUGAGCUGCCUAUGCUCACUGUGAUGUCCUAUGACCGUUACAUGGCCAUCUGCCUUCCACUGCGCUAUGGCAUCAUCAUGAAUGUCAGAACCUGUAUCCAUGGAGUUGUUGGAGCCUGGGUUGGUGGCGCCAUCUCUGGAGUCAUGCACACAGCAGCAACUUUCUCCAUCCACUUCUGUGGACCCCGGAUCAUCCACCAGUUCUUCUGUGACAUCCCCCAGAUCCUGAAACUCUCCUGCUCCAAUGACUUUAAGAAUGAGAUCUAUGUUACCAUUUUCACAGUUUUGUUGUCAUUUGGCUGUGUCAUCUUUAUUGGAUUCUCCUACAUGCAAAUAUUUUCCUCUGUACUGAAAAUGCCAUCUGCAGAGGGCAGAGCCAAGGCUUUUUCCACUUGCCUCCCCCACCUUGUUGUUGUUAUAUUAUUUAUCACUACUGGAACCUUUGAGUUUUUGAAGCCGCAUUCAGACACUCCAACAGCCCUGGACAUUUUGCUGACUAUUUUGUAUACAGUAGUUCCUCCAACAUUCAAUCCAGUGAUCUAUAGCCUGAGAAAUAAAGUCAUUAAAACAGCUAUAAAAAAGAUAUACUCCCUCACACAUGCUCUAAGAGGGGAAGAAUGCUUUCCCAGAGUAAUGCAUUCUCAAUCUAAAAGACUUCUUAGGGCCAAUAAUUUAUUGUUCACUACUGGCAUAAAACUGGAGAAACUUCCAUUUUCCAAGUAUGACUUAACCUACAGUAGAUCAAAUGAUGAAGUUGUUUAUGCUGAUCCAGUUACCACCUCUUCAGACAAGAGUCUGAAAAUGGUUCAGUAA